AUGCCUCCAAAGCAGCCAGCCGCCCCCACCAUCUCUACAUGGCUCAAGCAGACCCCGGAUCCAGACCUUCAGGGCAAACAGGUGCAAUAUCUCGUCGAGUUCGUCAACAUCAACGGCCCAUCGACUAUUAGCCCCGGGAGUGGGUUCGCGGCCAUUCUGGCGGGGAAGGCGCCGCAAGUCUUCAUCCCCACAGAUCCUGAUGGAGCGGCGACUAAGCGCAAUAUCUAUCGCCAGCUGAUUGACUCUUCUGGAACAACACAAAACAGGGAGAAAGUCGACAUCUUGAACAAUAAUACCACGCAAGUGUGGGUAGAUGGCGCAAAUUUGCUCAAGCGUGGGUUCCUCAAGCAUCCGCAGCCUCGUGUGCCAAGGUCGCCGCACCGUCACUCCCGUCUCUGA